GCGGAGCUGUAGAGCCGCACGCAGCUGCAGAGCCAUCGGGCUGCUGCGCCAUGCGCGCGACGGGGAAAGAAGGGGUCGCGCUAGACUUGCGUCACUCGUCUGCGACGGCGUCUUCGCGAAACACUAUGCUAAUGGCAUGGUGCCGCGGUCUUGUCUUGCUGUGCCUGCGGCAGGGGCUCGGAACCAAUUCAUUCCUGCACGGCCUGGGGCAGGAGCCCUUCGAGGGAGCUCGGUCACUGUGUUGCAGGCCCUCGCCUAGAGACCUGCGAGAUGGUGAACGAGAGCACAAGGCGGCACAAAGGAAAGCCCCAGGAGCAGAGUCUUGCCCAUCUCUCCCUCUGAGCAUCUCGGACAUUGGGACUGGAUGUCUUUCGUCACUGGAAAACCUCAGACUGCCGACGCUGCGGGAAGAGUCAUCCCCUCGAGAGCUCGAGGACUCGAGCGGAGACCAGGGCCGGUGCGGUCCCACACACCAGGGAUCCGAGGAUCCUUCGAUGCUCUCGCAGGCCCAGUCCGCUACCGAGGUCAAAGAGCGUCACGUCUCCCCUUCUUGUUCAACUUCCAGAGAGAGACCCUUUCAGGCUGGGGAACUGAUUUUAGCUGAGACUGGGGAGGGAGAAACAAAAUUUAAGAAAUUAUUUAGGUUGAACAACUUCGGACUCUUAAAUAGUAACUGGGGGGCAGUCCCGUUCGGCAAGAUCGUGGGGAAGUUCCCCGGCCAGAUACUGAGGAGUUCCUUCGGUAAGCAGUACAUGCUGAGGAGGCCAGCCUUGGAAGACUAUGUAGUAUUGAUGAAAAGAGGGACUGCCAUAACAUUCCCAAAGGAUAUUAAUAUGAUUCUCUCAAUGAUGGAUAUCAACCCAGGUGAUACUGUUUUGGAAGCUGGCUCAGGCUCUGGUGGAAUGAGCUUAUUUUUAUCCAAAGCAGUUGGAUCACAAGGACGAGUCAUAAGUUUUGAGGUACGAAAAGACCACCAUGAUCUGGCUAAGAAGAAUUACAAACACUGGCGUGAUUCAUGGAAAUUAAGUCAUGUAGAAGAGUGGCCAGACAAUGUGGAUUUUAUUCAUAAGGACAUUUCAGGAGCAACCGAAGACAUAAAAUCUUUAACAUUUGACGCAGUAGCUUUGGAUAUGUUAAAUCCUCAUGUUACUUUGCCUGUUUUUUACCCACAUCUUAAGCAUGGUGGUGUAUGUGCUGUAUAUGUAGUAAACAUCACACAGGUUAUUGAACUUUUAGAUGGAAUUCGCACCUGUGAACUUGCUCUUUCAUGUGAAAAGAUAAGUGAGGUCAUUGUCAGAGAUUGGUUGGUUUGCCUUGCAAAACAGAAAAAUGGAAUUUUAGCUCAAAAAGUAGAACCUAAAAUCAACACAGAUGUACAACUAGAUUCUCAAGAGAAAAUUGGAGUUAAAGAAGAAUCACAUUCUGAUUUUCCAUAUGGAUCAUUUCCCUAUGUUGCUAGACCAGUACACUGGCAACCUGGUCAUACAGCUUUUCUUGUCAAGUUGAGGAAGGUCAAACCACAACUUAACUGAGUACUCCAGAUGACAGCAACUGACUUGAAGAUGGAAAAAUAUCAAAAUAGAACUUUAUAUUGAAAAUCACUACUUUCAUAGAUUGGCAUUUUUAGCUAUUACUAUGACUUAUAUAACUUAUACAUAUAAUUUUGAAAAUAACAACUAAAAGAUGUAUAACAUAGCAAAACUGCUUAAACAUCCCAUUUUGACACUUGUCUUGCAGUUAGUUUGACAUUUUGUAGUUAAUGAUUCCAAAUUGGUUUAGUUGGGCCAUCUCAUUCUUCACUUCCUGUAAACCACUCCAUAGAUUUGUCUUUCUUCAAGAAAUUAGUUUUCUUUCCUUUAUUUGAUUGAUGGUCAUUGACUACUGAAAGAAAAUAUGCAUUUUAAGAUAAAUUUUAUGUAUCUGUCCAUUUUAAAUACAUCUUAUAAUGGCUUGUAUAUGUCUUAAAAAAUAAUAAGGAAAUCUGGGUUAUAGUAAAUAAUGGGGGGAAACUUAAGAAUGAUAUAAUCACCUUAAAAAUUGUAACAAAAGAUGUAACAGCUCUUGAAUCUCUUUUAUCCCCUCAGAAUCUUUUUAACCAGCUUGAAAGAACAUUAGAAUUGUUCAGUGUUACUACACAAAUUAAAUGUUUGGGGGCUGGGCACAGUGGCUCACGCCUUUGGGAGGCCAAGGCAGGCAGAUCACCUGAGGUCAGGAGUUCGAGACUAGUCUGGCCAACAUGGCAAAACCCUGUCUCUACUAAAAAUACAAAAAUUAGCUGGUUGUGGUGGCGGGCACCUGUAAUCCCAGCUACUUGGGAAGCUGAGGCAGGAGAAUCGCUUAAACCUGGAAGGCGAAGGUUGCAGUGAGCUGAGACUGUGCCACUGCACUCCAGCCUGGGUGACAGGGUGAGACUCCAUCUUUAAAAAAAAAUGUUUGGGGAAUACAUUUUGGAAACAUGAAUUAAUUACAAAUGGGACUUAUUAUUCAUAGGCACCAGUUAUUUAGCAUUUACCACAUACCAUACAUUGUUUUGAAAACUUUAUAUAUGUUUUUCACUUACUAUGGACAACUUAUCUUUCAGGUUAUCCAUAUUUUACAGAUAAACAGUGACUUAGAGUGAUUAGGUCGCUGUUUAAAUAUAGAUGUUUUAUAGGUU